AAAGAAUCCAAAAUCAGAUUGAUUCCAUCAAACCGUCUGAAUCGGAUUUUUCCCUUCGUUUCCUCCCUUUUCUUCUUCUGUACAUUAUUCUUUUCUUUGACCAUUUACUUCACCCCUAAUACUUUUUCUAGGGUUCCUUUCUGCUUCUCCUCUUCCACUCCUGCCUAACAAGCUCCCUUCAUUCCUCUCUUCCUUCUCCAUCAACUCUGAACCUCUCCGAUGGCGAAUUUUACUUCCUCUUCCUCCUCAUUAUCGGACGACCCGAUCAUUUCGGCUGCUGCUGAUACUGGUGGUUGUUCUUCUUCUGAAGCUGCUAUUGACGAGGCGUUCGAGGAUGCUUGCAGUAUCUGCCUCGAGCCUUUCACUACUCAAGACCCUUCCACCGUCACCAGCUGUAAACAUGAAUAUCAUCUUCAAUGUAUUCUUGAAUGGUCACAGAGAAGCAAAGAGUGUCCAAUCUGUUGGCAGCUUCUUGUCCUCAAGGAUCCUGCCUGCCAAGAACUUCUAGCUGCUGUUGAGAUUGAGAGGUGUUUAAGGUCAAGGAACACAUCUUCUGCUGCAUCCUCAAACCUGCCACUUCUUGUUGAUUUUGAUGUAGAACAGGAUUCCUUCUCAGAUGACUCAGAUUUUGAUGAGCAUAUUAUGCAGCAUUUUGCUGCUGCUGCAAGCAGAGCUCAUUAUCUUCGCAGAAGGGAGAGACAGAGAUCAUCUGGACAGGGUCCCUCCCAGUUUCUUGUCUUCACCUCGCCUACAAACUUACCUACUGCUCAGCAAACACAAUCUUCUUCAGACGAAUGCCAAGAUGUAUAUAAUGGGUUGUCUGGGGCAAAUUCACCAACUUGUCUCAUGACACCAGAGCCUCUGCCAUCUGUGGUCCCUCCUGUUGUGAAUGUGGUCUCUAGCUCUGCUGUCAACGGAGACAUUCCUUCCAAACCCAGAGUUUUGUUUAGACAACCACCAACUGAUGCUCCCCGAGCACCAUCUGAGGUGUCAUCUUUCUCAGAGUCCAUUAAAUCUAAAUGGGUUGCAGCUUCAGCCAGAUACAAGGAAUCAAUCUCUAAAAGUACUCGAGGUAUAAAGGAGAAGCUACUUGCACGUAAUAAUUCAGUUAAGGAGCUCAGCAAAGGAGUUCAGAAGGAGAUGCAUGCAGGGAUUGCUGGCGUUGCACGAAUGAUUGAGCGGUUAGAUCUUACCUCAAAACGAACUGGAGCCUCCAGUCCAGUUUCUGAUUUGAGGCCAGGGGCAUCAGACUUCUCCUUGAAGGGAAAGGCCAUGCAAGAGAACAUUAUUGCUCAGGCACUAGAGAAAAGAAGUGAGGAAAUUGCACUUGCUACAAGCUUGGAUGUUUCUUCACAUGUCUCCUGCACUGUCCCAAGUCGACUGGAUGUUCUCCAUGUACAGAGAGGUCAUUGAUCCUGUGGAGACAAACCUGAAUGUUUAAUUGUGUUUUUACCUGUUCUUAUGAGAAGGGCAAAGGAUGCAAGUGACGUGCUGUGAAGAAACCAAUUUACCUAUUGGUUUGCGUCCUGCAUUGCUUAUUUAUGCACAGUAAUGACCUUAGUUGGCUGUAGAAAUUACUGUCCAAGUGAAAAAGUAAUUUCUUUUGUCAUGAACUCGGGAGACUAGAAGAUUGAAUGGUGAAAGGUUUCAUUCUCGUGCAUUUUUAUUAUUUGCUUUUCAAUUACAGAAGAACUAGAUGUUCUGCGCUGGCAUGUUUGCUUGUGCUCUUACUCAAGUUUCAUAAUUCUUCUUUGAUGUGAGAUUGGUGAUACAUUUUAACUUCUUA